UGAUUUUCAGUUGGGAAGCACAGUCAAGCAGACACCGAAAAUAUAUGAAUGUUAACAAUGGAACAAUCUCUAGUUUCUUAUGCAGUCUCGUCAAUCCUAUUGCUUUUGUUUUGCGUGAUUAUAUAUGUUUUCUGUGAUCUGUGCCUAAAAGCUAAAAUUCUCCGGGCGAAGUUACAAAAGCAAGGAAUUGAUGGUCCUAAGCCUAGUCUUAUUCUAGGGAACAUUCCAGAAAUGCAAAAGAUCAAGUCCAUUAAACUGGCAUCUGAUCCUUCAAUUUUCAACUUAAACGAGCCCCCGUCACUGGACUGUUCUUCUGUACUCUUUCCACAUUUUAUCCAGUGGUCGAAACAAUAUGGCAAAACUUUUACGUUUGCACUUGGAAAGGUACAAAUUCUGUAUAUUGCAGAUCCCAGCUUGGUUAGAGAAAUAAAUAUAAGUAAGACUCUAGACUUGGGAAAGCCUGCUUAUUUGCAGAAAGAUAGGGGGCCUCUACUAGGAAAGGGUCUGAUCACGACAAAUCGCGAAGUUUGGUCUCACCAGAGGAAAACCAUUGCUCACAAUCUUUUUGUAGACAAAGUUAAGGACAUGCUAAGCAUAGUGAUAGGGUCUGGGAGCAAACUAGUUAAAUCUUUGGAGAGUGUGGUUGGGACUACUGGGGAAGUUGCAGAGAUAAAAGUGGAUGAUUAUGUGAGGAAUUUCACAUGUCAUGUGUUUUCUACCAUCAUGUUUGGCGAAAACUAUCCUACAAACACAGGCUUGUUUUCGAAAUGUAGAGCUCUAAUAGAAGCUUCUGGUUCACCAACCAUACUCAAUGGUCGUCCUUUCUACAGAUUUCUUCCGACCAAGCAAAACAAAGAACAGUGGAGGCUUGAAAAAGAGAUAUAUUCAAUCAUCAUGGAGACGACGAAGAAAUGCACCACGAGCAGAGUAGAAGGCAUGAUACAUACUCUAGUUGAUGGUUCCAAUCAUGGAGAGCUCGGCCCAUCUACGCCUCAACAAUUUAUUGUUGAUAAUUGCAAGGAUCUCUAUCUUGCUGCAUUUGAAGUCACAGGGAUAGCUUCAAUAUGGGGUCUUAUGCUAUUAGCUGCCCAUCCUGAUUGGCAAGCCCGCGCCCGAGCUGAGGUUCUUGAAUUAUGCGGAAGGGAGAUGCCAGAUGCUGAAAAGCUUAGCAAGAUGAAAGUGUUAAAAAUGAUAAUUCAGGAGGUGUUGCGGCUUUAUCCAGGAGUGGCAUUUGUGUCGAGGGAGGCCUUGGCAGAUGUACAAAUCGGAAACUUAUGUGUUCCUAAGGGAGUCAACAUUUGGAUAUGGCUCCUGGCUCUGCAUCGGGACACUCAGCUAUGGGGUCCAGAUGCAGACAAAUUUAACCCCGAGAGAUUUGCUAAAGGCAUUUCUGCCGCUUGCAAAUCUCCACAGGCUUAUGUGCCCUUUGGGGUCGGACCAAGAAUAUGUCCUGGCUUGAGCCUAGCCAUGCUGGAGAUGAAAGUCAUGUUUGCUGUCAUGUUAGCAAAUUUCUCUUUCUCCUUAUCACCCAAUUAUCGCCAUGUUCCAAACUUUGGUUUAUUGCUAGAGCCUAAAUAUGGAGUGGAACUUCUUGUACGCAAGUUAUAAAUUUUUCUGCUGAUGUUCUAUGGCAGUGUAAUAAAAAUGUAGAACAUAGUUCAUAAGAGAACUGUUAUACAUAA